AUGACAGAGCAAGCCGUGGCAGUUGCUACCCCGGACAGCCUCCCACCCACACCUCAAACCGAUAAACUCAUGACGCCGGUCCCGUCCGUCACACCUAGUACGGCCAGUCGCUUUCUACAGCUGCCUCCAGAACUUCGCGUUUUGAUAUACCCAUUCCUUUCACCCUACUCCUCAACCGAUCGAGAGCACUUCGGCAAAGCUCAACACCUCAACCUCAUACAAACAUGUCGACAAAUCCGCGAGGAAGCACCUCUAGAGAUCGAGAAAGCUGCUGAAAACUUCUACCGCAAUUACGAGAAGACCUGGGAUGAGAGCCACGGAGAGCAGAUUCGCAUCAAAAAGUAUGGCUCUUGGGAUAGUAUGAGCGUGCACAUCGGCGAUACCUUCAAUGGUCGCGGUAUUCCGCUACUUGACCUGCCUCUCAAGCGAGUCGAUAUCUGCGUUACCCAGACCGAAACCUACAAGCCGAAGAAUGAUCUCCUCCGAAGAUACUAUGCACGGUUGAAGAAUUUCACGAAGAAGGCUGACGCUCCGAUGCUUGGGUUGACACUCAACGGCUCCAGAUGCAUAGAAUUUCGCUUCCUUUGA